GGCUGAGGCGGACUGCUGUAAACCGUGAUUGGCUGUGGCAGCGACUCGGGUAGAAUGUGUAGCACGAUAGUCAGGGGCCUGUCUAGCGGAGUGUCCGCUCUCUAUGGUAUCUGUAGUCUGCGUUCGCUCUGAGGGAGGGAGGCGGAAGUGUCUUGUCUAGGAAAUCCGCUGUUCUCUAUGAUCCCUCCAGUGAGUUCCGGCUGGAGGGACCGGUGUGGAAGUUUCUAGUGUCAGGGAAGCUGAGGAGCGGAGAGGGGACGGUGUAUGGAGGGGAGUACGGAGGAGGAGAAGGCCGCACACAGGCCGGACAGUGCGGAGGACACUGAGGAGAGCCAGGAUUCUUUGCCCUCCCUGGGAGGAAAUGAGGUGAAGAGUCGCGCUGUAGUCAAAUAUUCCUCCGCUCCACCAGCCACAGCAUUCGCUCAGCUUCAGGAGAAGACGGACUUAAAGUUACCCCCUGCUAAUUGGCUGCGGGAAAAUGCCAAACUCGGCCCUACCAGUCUUGGAAGCGGCAAGAGCACGCCAUUCUCAAGCUUUGGCAUGGCCUAUGAUUUCAUAGACUCUGUGGGGAAGGAGGUUGAUGUUGUGUCUGAUUCAGAGAACAUAAAGAAACUCCUAAAGAUUCCAUACAGUAAGUCUCAUGUCAGCAUGGCCGUUCACCGCAUUGGACGCACCCUACUUCUGGAUGAGUUGGACAUUCAGGAGCUUUUCAUGAGGUCCUCUCAGACAGGAGACUGGACAUGGCUUAAGGAGUUUUAUCAGAGGCUUAUGGAUCAGAAGUGGCAGAGAAAGAAGAAGAGUAAGGAGCACUGGUACCAGAAAGCCAUCCUCUCCAAAUUCCUCUAUUACAGUAUUAAUGGUGAUGACACAGCUGAGCCAGUACCCACCACCCCUCCUGAGCCCAGAGAAGUUCCAGAUUUUCAGAAUCUUAGUGAGUCCCCAGGAAGAGACCAUAUAGCUUGGCCUGCCCCGUUUGAGACGUUGCCUUCUGUAUCGGAGGAAGGGGGAGCUUCCAAUCAGGGUUUAAAAAAUGACUUUGUUAGAAAUAUUCUGUGGACAUUUGAAGAUAUCCAUAUGUUGGUUGGUUCUAAUAUGCCCAUAUUUGGAGGUGGACGGUACCCAGCUGUUAGUCUGCGAUUGCGGGAUAAUAAUAAACCAAUCAAUGUGCUGACUGGGAUUGAUUACUGGCUGGACAAUCUGAUCUGUAACGUACCAGAACUUGUCAUGUGCUUCCAUGUGAACGGCAUCGUACAGAAAUACGAGAUGAUUAAAACAGAAGAUAUCCCAAAUUUGGAGAACUCCAACUUUUCAACCAAGGUGAUUAAAGACAUAGCGCAGAAUAUCCUGUCAUUUCUGAAGUCUAACUGCACCAAAGAAGGUCACACCUACUGGCUGUUUAAAGCCAGCGGUAGCGAUAUAGUAAAACUGUAUGACCUCACUACCUUGUGUGAAGAAACUGAGGACAAAUAUCAGAACCCAUUCACCAUGCCAGUGGCUGUUCUCCUCUACAAGGUGGCUUGUAAUAUGAUGAUGAAGAAAGUGCAAAAUAGGAAACAUUAUGGAACCAUUCGUACACUAUUAUUAAACUGCCUGAAGUUGGUGGAUAAAGGAAGGCAUCCUCAGAUCAUUGCUUCAGCUAACUACAUGCUGUCAGAGCUUUUCCAGCUUGAGCCAAAGAAGGAGGAAGGUGUGGAUGCUGCUUCCAAUGGGAAUUCUGAUGAGAGCUACAGUGAGGAGGAAGAAGAGGAAGAGUUGGGGGACAGUGAUGAGAAUGGAGCAUACAGCUCCGCUUCCAACCCCCCUGAAGACUGCAAGGCUGUGGCUGUCAUUAAGUCCGUCGGGGAGCUCUCGGUUCCAGAAAAGUAUAAGUCCACCCAUCAAAUCAGGCCGAGCUGUACAUUUCCAGUGUGCAGUGACACAGAGGAGCGCUGCAGAUUGGUGCUUAGCUAUGUCCUGGAGGGCUUGAAGUCUAUUGAUGGAAGUAUUAAGAAAGAAGGGGAGCUGCCUGCAGCCGACCCCAACACUCCGAUCCCACUGAAAUAUCAAGAUGAUUCUGCUAAUGAUGUUGUCUCUGAUUGCUUGGAGAAACAGAUGCAAUUAUUCUUGCACAAGGUGGAAUGUACGGAUAAACAGUGUUCUAGUAGAUCUGGCAUCGUCCCUGGCUCCUGGCAGUUCAAAAUGAAGCUGCAAUUGAUUAUUAAGGCUUCCAAAUCCUAUUAUGUAUUGUCCGAUGCUGCAAUGGGCCUGCAGAAGUAUGGGCGAGCGCUGAGAUACAUCAAGUUGGCUUUACAGUGUUACGAUGCCUACAGCUGCCUGUGUACCAGUCAAGUUCCCGAUGUCACGCUGUUGCUGUGCCAGUACCUCGCUCUCUGCGGAGACAUCCAGCUCAUGCUGGCCCAGAACGCAAGCAACCGAGCUGCGUAUUUUGAGGAGUACAAUUACCAGACGAAGGAUGAUCAGGAGAUCCUGCACAGUCUUCACAGAGAAUCUAGCUGUGAUGGUUUUUCCUUUGUUACUGACUUGAUCACUGACCUGGAAUGUCAGCUGUCGGUUAGCUGCAAAUGCUAUGAAGCUGCCAACGAAAUCCUGAUCAUCACCCAACUCCAGGACCAGAACCCAGAGCAGAAGAUGCAGGUGCUCAAGAGGCUCGGCAAUAUCCGAAAUGAGAUCGGAGUGUUCUUUAUGAACCAGGCUGCGGCGGUCCAGUCUGAGAGAGCAGCCGGUAGGAGCGUGUCCAAUGCAGAGCAGGACAUGUGGAAGAAGAGCUUCUCCAGCUUUGAGAAAGGAAUCACCAACUUUGAAGCUAUCCGGGACUCCACAAACAUGGCUCUCUUACUGUGUAACCUCGGGCGUCUGAUGAGGAUCUGUGCCCAGGCACACUGCGGAAGUGAAAAUGUUGUGAGAAGGGGAGAGUUCUCUCCAGAGGAGGCUCUUUAUUACAAUAAGGCUAUCGAUUACUAUCAAAAGGCAUUGAAGUCUCUGGAUAAAAGAGAUACUCAUCAGGCUGUGUGGGACUCUGUUUAUUGGGAACUGUCCACAACCUAUUUUACAAUGGCCACCCUGCUGCAGGACUAUGCUCCCAUCUCCAGGAAAGCACAGGAGCAGAUUGAGAGAGAGGUGACAGAAGCCAUGAUGAAGUCUCUAAAGUACUGCGAUGUGGAAACCGUGUCCGCUCGACAGCCUUUAUGUCAGUACCGUGCUGCAACCAUCCAUCACCGGCUUGCCUCCAUGUAUCACAGCUGUCUGAGAAACCAGGUGGGGGACGAGCACGCAAGAAAGCAGCACCGUGUUCUAGCCGAUCUCCAGUACAGCAAAGCAGUGAAGCUCUUCCAGGUGCUGAAGGACGCUCCAUGUGAGCUUCUCAGAGUGCAGCUCGAGAGAGUGGCCUUUGCAGAGUUCCAGAUGUCUGGCCAGAACAGCACUGCGGGUAAAGUGAAGAGCCUGUGUGGAGCUCUGGAGAUUAUGAUGAAUACGCAAUGUGCUUUCGUCGUUCUUCAGAAAGAGCUGGAGUGUGAAAGUGAUCAGGGAACGCAGGACGGCAACGAGCCGCCAGGAGAUUCUUCUGCUAAUCUCCGCAUGGAAGAGGUGCUGAAGCUGGUCAAUAUAUUUGAGUCCCGCCUGUCUUUCCUUCUGUUACAGUUUGUCAAGCUUCUGACUUCUAAGAAAAAGAAUAACAGCACAGAAGAAGAAAGCUCUCUGAAAACCUACAAGCAAGUCUAUUCCAACCUGCUGCGGGCUUCAGCCAGCAAGACUUCCACACUGUCCGAGAGACUGAGCGUGCUCAUAAAUUUACUGGAUCAGCUCACCCCUAAGAGCCAGGCAAAUGAGACUGUCAUGCAGUGACACACGAUGGUGUUUGGGAUACAAAGCGGAUGUUGUGCCUUGUUAAACCUGCGAUUGCUGCUUUGUUCCACUCGCUGCGCGGAUCCAUCUGUCAUUAAAUAGAAUAUGCGGCGUGCAAACCACCUGAUGCUAGGGAAAGUAGUUCAAGGACGUCUCUGUCAGAAGAGAGCCAACGCUGUGCUUUUUGCAGAAUGUAGACCGGCGUCUGCAGAAGAAGUGUAAUUUGCCCACCUCGCCACUUCCUGUAGACUUAACCCUGCCGCUGCCACGAUGGAAUCUGGGAUGAUUUAUGCACAACGGCAUACUGUCCUUUUUUUUACACCACCUCUUCCGCUUUGGUUUAAAGGCACUACCUCUAUUUUUUAUAUCAACUUUGCCUUUGUAUGAUAUAGAGACUACUGUAUAUUAUCAUAUUUUUGUUUGCACUUUGUAAGCUUCUGAAGGGGUAUGGCAAGCUAUGCUUUGUAAGCUUCUGAAGGGGUAUGGCAAGCUAUGCUUUGACAGCGCAGAACUGUUUUAUUACCUCUGUCCUCUAAUCCCUUUACCUUAUCCAAGGGAUCUUCAGUCAGGUGAUGUGUGAUGUCAUUUUUGGUGGAAACAGGUCUCACAACAUGGUUGAUAUACGAGAGCCAUGAUCGUCUAAUAACAUGGGGGAUAUACGAGAGCCGUGAUCGUCUAAUAACAUGGGGGAUAUACGAGAGCCAGGAUAAAGGUCUGAUAACAUGGGGCAUAUAUGAGAGCCAGGAUAAAGGUCUAAUUAAAUGGAAGAUAUAUGAGAGCCAGGAUAAAGGUCUGACAACAUGGAAGAUAUAUGAGAGCUAGGAUAAAGGUCUAAUAACAUGGGCGAUGUAUGAGAGCCAGGAUAAAGGUCUGAUAACAUGGGUGAUGUAUGAGAGCCAGGAUAAAGGUCUGAUAAAAUGGAGGAUAUAUGAGAGCCAGGAUAAAGGUCUAAUAACAUGGGCGAUGUAUGAGAGCCAGGAUAAAGGUCUGAUAACAUGGGAAAUAUAUGAGAGCCAGGAUAAAGGUCUAAUAAAAUGGAGGAUAUAUGAGAGCCAGGGUAAAGGUCUGAUAACAUGGUGGAAUAUACGAGAGCCAGGAUAAAGGUCUAAUAAAAUGGAGGAUAUAUGAGAGCCAGGAUAAAGGUCUGAUAACAUGGAGGAUAUAUGAGAGCCAGGAUAAAGGUCUGAUAACGUGGGGAAUAUAUGAGAGCCAGGAUAAAGGUCUGAUAACAUGGAGGAUAUAUGAGAGCCAGGGUAAAGGUCUGAUAACAUGGUGGAAUAUACGAGAGCCAGGAUAAAGGUCUAAUAAAAUGGAGGAUAUAUGAGAGCCAGGAUAAAGGUCUGAUAACAUGGAGGAUAUAUGAGAGCCAGGAUAAAGGUCUGAUAACGUGGGGAAUAUAUGAGAGCCAGGAUAAAGGUCUGAUAACAUGGAGGAUAUAUGAGAGCCAGGGUAAAGGUCUGAUAACAUGGUGGAAUAUACGAGAGCCAGGAUAAAGGUCUAAUAACAUGGAGGAUAUAUGAGAGCCAGGAUAAAGGUCUGAUAACAUGGGG